AUGAAGGACGACGAGGAUGGCGGAGUUGUCGGUGGCGGGAUUAGGGCUGAUUUGAGCCAGGAGUUCUGCGAUAGGUUCCUCGCUGACAGAGAAUAUGAGGAGUUCAAGGUGCGAAUCAAUGCUUUGGUUGCAAAGGCACAAAAGAUGCCAGAAGAAGGGUGGACAAUACAGGAUGGCACUGCCUGGGCUGGAAAUAACCCCAGGGAUCACCCUGGAAUGAUACAGGUUUUCCUGGGCCAAAGUGGGGGACUUGAUACUGAUGGAAAUGAGCUACCUCGACUUGUUUAUGUUUCUCGUGAAAAGCGACCUGGUUUCCAACAUCACGAGAAAGCUGGAGCCAUGAUUGCUUUGAUCCGGGUCUCAGCUGUCCUAACCAACGGACCGUAUCUUUUGAAUGUUGACUGUGAUCAUUACUUUAAUAAUAGUAAAGCAUUGAAAGAAGCAAUGUGUUUCAUGAUGGAUCCCGCUUAUGGAAAGAAGACGUGCUAUGUGCAGUUCCCACAACGUUUUGAUGGGAUUGACUUGCAUGAUCGAUAUGCUAACCGCAACAUCGUCUUCUUUGAUAUUAACUUGAAAGGGCUUGACGUCAUCCAAGGUCCUGUCUAUGUCGGAACUGGAUGUUGUUUCAACAGGCAAGCCCUUUAUGGAUAUGACCCUAUAUUAACUGAGGAAGAUCUGGAAGCAAAUAUUAUUGUAAAGAGUUGUGGUUCAAGAAAGAAGGGGAAGGGUGGCAAUAAGAAGUACAUUGACAAGAAAAGAGCAAUGAAAAGAACUGAAUCCACUGUUCCAAUUUUCAAUAUAGAAGAUGUUGAGGAGGGGAUUGAAGGAUAUGAUGAUGAGAGGUCGCUCCUGAUGUCUCAGAAAAGUCUAGAGAAAAGAUUCGGUCAGUCUCCUGUUUUCAUUGCGGCUACUUUCAUGGAACAGGGUGGCCUACGACCAUCUACCAAUCCUGCAACACUUUUGAAAGAAGCCAUCCAUGUUAUUAGCCGUGGCUAUGAGGACAAGACUGAAUGGGCAAAGAGGUAUAUCGGAUGGAUAUAUGGUUUUGUUACAGAAGAUAUUUUGACUGGAUUUAAGAUGCAUGCUCGGGGCUGGAUUUCAAUCUAUUGUAUGCCUCCUCACCCAGCAUUCAAGGGGUCUGCUCCCAUCAAUCUUUCUGAUCGUUUAAACCAGGUUCUCAGGUGGGCCUUGGGGUCAAUUGAGAUUUUGCUAAGCAGGCAUUGUCCUAUAUGGUAUGGAUAUAAUGGGAAAUUGAAGCUCUUGGAGAGAUUGGCGUACAUCAAUACAAUUGUGUAUCCCCUCACGUCAACACCGCUGAUUGUGUAUUGUAUUCACCCUGCAAUUUGUCUUCUCACUAACAAAUUUAUUAUACCUGAGAUAAGUAACUUUGCUAGCAUGUGGUUCAUUCUCCUUUUCGUCUCAAUUUUCGCAAUUGGUAUUCUUGAGCUCCGUUGGAGUGGUGUCAGCAUUGAGGAUUGGUGGAGGAAUGAGCAGUUCUGGGUCAUUGGUGGUACAUCCGCUCACCUUUUUGCUGUGUUCCAAGGGCUUCUUAAAGUGCUCGCUGGCAUUGAUACCAACUUAGUCACUUCGAAAGCAGCCGAUGAGGAAGGAGACUUUGCUGAGCUUUAUGUGUUCAAAUGGACAUCGCUUCUCAUUCCUCCGACCACAGUUCUUAUCGUGAACAUCAUUGGCAUUGUAGCAGGUGUGUCUUAUGCGAUUAACAGCGGGUAUCAGUCAUGGGGUCCACUGUUUGGCGAGCUGUUCUUCGCCAUAUGGGUUAUCGCUGACCUUUACCCAUUCCUGAAGGGUCUGUUGGGUCGGCAGAAUCGUACUCGUACGAUUCUUAUUGUGUGGUCUAUCCUUCUUGCUUCCAUAUUCUCAUUGCUCUGGGUACGGAUUGACCAUUUCACCUCAGCCUUCACAAAAUCUGCUGCAAAUGGUCAAUGCGGCAUCAACUGCUAAUUGUAUAAUGCUGGCCUGUGGGGGAAGCCAUCUUCAAGUGCUAAUUGUUCUUUUAUGUAUGUAACAAGAUUCUCAUUGCCACCCAAAGUCACUUUUCAUCAUUGAGGCAAUACUUUCGUCCGGGAAGAAGGUGGGUGUAAAACAGAAAAAGCAGAGAAUGUCAUUUUUUGUCAUGUCCUUUCCACAGUUGUCCGUGUUGGAAAAUAGGCAUCUCGAAGCUUUGAUUCAUCUGUUGUUAUUUAUUGUGCAGUAUUUUGUUGUUUGAUCACAAGAAUGUAGCACUUUUGAACUUAAUUCAACACUUAAAGGUUGAAUACAGAACAAGCUCAUUGGUCAAGCUUAA